GGCAAAACGUUAAUGAACGUCAAAGUGAAACAUUGAACAGCACUUUAAACAACAACUGUGUGUUUUUCGUGUGUGUGCCAAAAAGGAUUCCAAGGCAUAAUAAUGUCUUUGUUUCCAGCUUAUUCGAAUAUUGCAAGUACCUCACAAAAUGACGAAACACCAGCCACCUCUACUCAAACAGAAAAAAAUGAAGACUGGUUGACAAAUUCGAGUUUUCAAGUGGCUGCAAAUGUACAGCGUACGGAGGCUGACGUUGAAUUUAUUGACUCAGAUGACGAUGAACCAACGACGACGACACAACUAACCAAACAGAAAAAACAUUCGAAGAAAAAAAAGAAAAAAGACCACAAACAUCACAAAGACAAACGACCAAAACUCGAAACAGUAAACAAAACUGAACCAAAGUCGGAAUUUACAGGCAAAGAAAAUUAUUAUGUGGAUAAAAAGCCAUGCAAUAGCUACUAUUCGAUGGAAACAUUGAAGCGGGAUGAUUCGGCCCGUUAUCGUGUAACAUUUCAUUACGUUGGCACAUUGACAUCACAACAAUGGCGCAUUUUACAUCGACGACGAUCCAAAGACAAAUUGAAACGAUACUUUACGAAACACAAAACUGACAAAGUCAAAACUUCGGCACCGGAUGGAGAUGGCGGUGGUUGCGGCGGUGGCGAUGAUGACAAGGAAACAACGUCGAAAAAUCAUCGAUUGAACGAGGAGGAUUUUACAGCGAAAACCAAAGUUCUCAAUAAGAAUCUGUUGUCCAGCCCAAAGGAUAUCGACUUGUGGCUGGAAUAUGUUCGAUUUCAAGAUCAUUUUUACAUGAAAAUGACCAAAAUCCAGAUGGCCGAACGCAAAAUGGAAAUUUUAAAUAAAGCACUGCGCGAUAAUCCAAGCAAUGAGCGGCUUUAUCGUGAAUAUAUUGACAUUCUGGAGCAAGCAUAUCCAUCAUUUGAAGUGAGCAAAUUUUUGGAUGCACUGAUUCAAAAAGAUCCGGCCAACUAUAUUUUGUGGAAUGCUCAGAUUAUGGCGACGCAGGGUUCAAUGGCACGUUGUCGUGUGCCUGAUGUCAUGACCUUGUAUGAGAAAUGCAUGAAAAAUAUGUACAAACGGAAUCGUUGUGACGAUUUGACACUCAGGCUUUUCAACAGUUGCGCGUUAUUCCUUCGUCAAUCGGGUUUGAGUGAGCAGUUUUUCGCUUUGUUAACAUUGGCGCUUGAGUUGAAUGUGAGCGAGAAUAAAUUUUCGAAAAUUCAAUCGAAGGAAUCGGAUCAGAAUUCGUUGAUCGAAUAUGAGGAGAUUGUAUUAAAAUCCGGUUUGCCAAUGAAUGAGAUAUGGUUGCGUGUGGAAAAACUGCGACAAAACUACUACUUUUUGCCAUGUCCAAUGGAUCGUUCAUGCAGCGAUCCGCAACGUGUUGUUUUAAAUGAAGAUAUCUACCAUUAUAUUUAUCCAUUAUCGAAUCGUGACUUUGCAUUCAAUUUGGUGAUAAUAGUUUUGAGAUUGUUGAAAAUCCCGCUAUUCGAUAAUUGUCGCUUAAAAUCGAGCAUUUUCAAUACGUAUGACGUCAGCAAUUGUGAUAAUCUCUGUGACUUUGAUUGUAUCGAAGAAAUAACGCCAAUUUUUCUGCAUCGAACCAUACUCCACACCAACAAAGUGUUUGAUGAUAUUUUGUGGGGAAUGAUCCGUGACUUUAGCAUUGGCCCAUCGUUUGUUACCACUCAUAUUGGCCACGAGCUGUACAUAAAAUAUUUGGGCGAAGUGCUGCUGCUGUGUGCGGAAUGUUUCACCAAUCGCGCCGAUCAGUCGUACAAACGGAAUAUAUUCGUGUUGCUGCUGCUGCGUUUGGAGCGAAUUGUGAUGGCAUUUGAUGUGUACAUGAAUAAAUGGAAUGAAGACAAAACCAAACGGCUUCGAACGAAAAUCAAAAACCUUUUGAAACGCGAUGAAAAUCGAAAUUGUUUGGUAUUUUAUGUGGAAUUUGCACAGAUCGAAUACGAUUUGAAGCGAUUCGAACAGGCCGAACAUAUUUAUAUAGCGGCAAUUAGUCAGAGCAAUCCAACGAUUGAUGAUGAUUGCACACGAUCCGAGUAUUGGUAUGUGUGUAUAUCGUUAAUUGAAAUGUUAAUCCGUGAACAGCAGUUGAAUAAGGCGCUAAAUUUGCUCAAUGCAAUUGCAUUGGAUAAGAAAAUCGAUCCCAAAGACUAUGAGGCCAGCGAAAUUAGUGAAGCGUCGAAUUUGUUGGCAUCGAAAAAACUCGAUGAACGCUUAAAAAAUAUUUGCUUCAUCGAACGCAAUGUAUCGAUUAUGGAUAUCGUACAAAGUUUCCAGCCCGAUUAUUUGAUGUGUGUGAUUAAAGCCAAUGUCUACCAUAAAAUAUUGUGGCGAAAAUCCAAAGAUGAUGCCGUUAAACAAUUGGACGUGUUGCUCAAGUCAUUCCCCGAAAAAAAUCACCGACACGAAUUUAUACGCGAGCAAUUGUACGAGAUUUAUGCCAAUUUGAUGCUAUACAAAUUGUCACGUAGUUUAAGCACGGUGACAUUGACCGCAGAAAAUGAAACAUUUUUGAUGGUCAGCCGUGGUCUUGAUGAAUUCCCAACCAAUAUGCACUUGCUAAAGUGUGCAGCCAUGUGCCAUAAUCAACCGUGGCAUCGGAUACGAGCACUUUUGGUCAAACAUCAUUCACCCAUUGCCAUCAUGUUUCUCGUUGUUGCCGCUCAGUUUCGUUAUAAAAAAUAUGCCAAUACACAAUCCAACACGAACCCAAGUCUGUCCGUCGAUUUGGAUUAUUUGAACGUAUUGUCGGCCGAUGUUAAAGACAUUGAAAAUGCAUACAAAACCCGAGUUACCAAUCUAUUGAAGAUGUUCACCGAUCACGAGGCAGCCACUCGCAAAAACUCUUUACUAUGGCGACUUUACUUACGAAGUUUGCUGGAUGUUUCGAACGAUUUCGAUAAAUGUCGCAACAUUUUAUUGACGGCACUCAACGAAUGCCCUUGGAAUAAAGUAAGUUCAAUCGAUGAAGAUUACAUUUUUCGAAGAAUACAUUUUUUUUUGUUUCCUGAAGACAUGAAGUUGAAAAUGAACGCAAUUAACGAAAUUUUUCCAUUUUCAGGCACUUUAUCUCGACGGAACAGUGUAUGUGCCACAAGAGUUGGCUCAUCUUCAAGAUUUGAUCAUCGAAAAGCAGCUACGAAUCUAUGCAAUGCCCGAGGAAUUGGAGAUUCUACGGAAUUUUGAUGAAGUUAAAUAAAUUAACCCAUAUUUUUAAUUCAAUCUAAACUUCUAAUCAAAAUAAAAAUUUAAAAUAAUAGAGAGAAAAAAAUGUGAAAAAUAAAUGUUUACAACGGA